AUGAUUGACAGGACCCUGAGUGUUGUUGUGACACCCUUUAGCGUGUCUUUUGAUGCCCUUGCGACAAGGAUAGUGGCAUGUGAGCAAAGCCAGGGGGCCACUGAUGAGGUGAUGGCCCUAAAGGUCACGAUUGCUGAGCUGAGAAAGGAUGUCGACCAGCCGAAGUCUACGGAUAUGUCCAUGAUAUUCAGGACUGUGGAGAUCCCAAAUAUGCUUGUUGAUAAAGAUGUGCCUCCGGCUACUAUCGGAGAUGAGGUUCGAGUUGAGGAGGUAGCUGCUGCAGAGUCUGAGGCUGAGACUGAUGAGGAGCAGCUUGGAGUCGAUGAGGAGGCUGCUUAUGAGGGUCUUACAGCCGAUGAGGAGGCUAUGGUGGAUUCAGCAGUGCAGAUCUCAUUGGCAGACACACCAUGGCUAUCCUAG